AUGAUUGAUAUUAAAAUUCAGUUUUUGUUAUUCAAUUACAUUGUAUUUGCCUUUGCUGAGGAUUAUGAAAGUGACGAUAAACUAUACAUGCUGGUAUCCCAAGACCAGCACCAACACACGCCGCGACUGGAAGACUUCUUCUGGACAGGAUCUGGAGAUGGACCACCGCCACCACCAGAUCCGCCCCUCCCUGCACCAGUGCAACCUUCUACACCAGUCGUGCGGACUACCACAGUCCUUGCUACUGUCUACCUGGAUUCUUAUCCACCACAGGCGGUGACAGACAAAUCGACAGGCGAGUGCGUGCUAAAUUGUGGCGAGCCUGGCGUACCAGGUAGCUUGGAACCAGAGAUCCCCGAUGAUCGAAGGUACUGGCUCCUCACUGUCAUUCAGGGAUCCACACCAGAUAGCCUGCAAUUGAGACUCGCUAGGUUGUACCAGAAAGCCUUCUUGAGGCAACAAGAGCGUCACCUGGGCAUCAUCAAAUCUCUCGACGCACCACCUGCUCGAAAGAAACAUGACGUCCAUUCAUUUGCAGUGAAUAAAGAUAAUAAUAUUAGUCCAGUAGGCCCACAAGGCACUAACUCGCCAUUCAAAUAUCUUGAUAUUGAUGCAUCAAUGGUUCCUAUAGAUUCAAUUGUAGGUACGAUGAUAAACAAUGAUGAAAAUUCAAACACGAAGCUUCUAGAGUCUUCCAGAGAAUUUGUGUACCCAGCUAAUAUAGAAAUGUUUUCUAUUGACGCUAAUACGUUAACUCUAAAUGCUGAGAUAAAGGCUACGAAGUUGAAUGAAGUAGAAUCUUGGAUACUAGCUACACCAACUGUGUCCAUUCGUAAAAGAGAAGUGACUGAUAGAGAGCAAUUGGAAGAAAUAAAAGAAGACUCGAUAGACAUUCCUCUAGAAUCGGAAGUUAAUGAGACGAUGUUGUUUAAGCGGGAGAUUUUGAAGCCGGAGCAGCAGCCGCCAGUGCAAGUUCAUAUACAAAAUAUUACAGAGUCUCCAGAAACGGGUAGCAUUCAGAUAGUUUACGUGGUGCUGGUCGGUGGCAGAGCUGUGCCAGCUGCGGUGGCUGCGAGAGAUAUGCGGCUGGUCAGAGACGCUGAAGUCGCGAGAGAAUUGGGUGCUGUUGUCACUACCAAAGCUGAGCCAGCGUACCUAAAAACAGCGGAGGGUUUGGAAGGAGAUGCAGGGGGUGGCGUGCAUGGUACUGAGCUAUGGGCACUGGCUGUGGGAGCUACAGUAGCCGUACUGUUGCUGCUCGUAUUGUUGGCUCUCUUGUGUCUGGCUCACAGAAAAAAGACAAUGAAAUCUGCAGCUUCCAUCCGAGCUUACAGAAAUGAGUUAUUAAGAGAAGCAGAGAGGAAUCAAUUGAAACAGGUGCAUGAAGAGAAAGAUGGAAGGCUGAUCAGCGUGGUGUCACCAAGUAGGACGAGGCCCAGUAGUACUCUAUUACCGAUUUACAGAGCUGCUAGUGCUGUUAGCAGUUCAUCAACCUCUUCUGGAGUGUCGGAGGUGGCGACAGCAUUCCGUCGUCGACAGAAGAAGCCACAUGCUCUCAGAAUGCCACAGAAGAAGAGGGUGGGUACGACAGAUAGUCUGCUAGAAGCUGCUGGACUGGACAGCUCUGACAGUGGGCAACCAUCAGCGCCACCUACUCCAACCUCGUACCUCUCGAUGCCUUCCGUCAAUGCUUUCCCAAGAGGCAACGUAGUAGAACCACUCUCUCGUAUAUUAGAACCGGUAUCAGUGCGUCACCUGGACAUCGACUCCCCAGCAGUAUCCCCAAAGAAGAAUAAAGACGCUAGCAAAGACGUCGUGCCUCGACGGCAGAUGGCGUCCCAAUUAGUAAGACUAGGGAGCAUAGACAAGGAUCCAGGAGUUAUUGGACCUCUCGUCUGGGAUCUGCAUUGUCAGAGGAUUAAGGAUUCCUCUAAACCAUCAAGUCCAGCAAGAUCUGCUACAUCAGCUCGCAAGGAGCCAGGAGCCUCUCGCAUGAGGCAGAGGUUCAACGAGCUGAUGGAUGAUGCAUUCACACUGUUCGGCAGUGUCGGAUCCAGUCCCAAUUCUCAGGAUACUUAUACCGUGGAGGAACGGGACCCUAAAGAAAAGGGGACGCAAAAUGCUGGGGUCGCUACAGUUCCAGAUUCAACCGAGCAGUUGGCUCAAGCUCGCAACGACAACGUUCGACUCCCGGGCUCACCAUACACCGCUAUGGAUACCGUAAGGGGGAGGUCAGCUGGACCAGGGCGAGCCGGUCCCAGUACAUCAACGCCAGUGCAGACAGAGGGCGGUCGCCCUCGCACGUCGUUCACUCGGACUGCGGCGGAGAGACGGGUGCCUCCACCCACCAGGGCCUGGGGACAAACUCCCCCACAGUCCCUAGGUGGGCGGCCGACGGUGAACCCCGCGCUUAUAACGGCUGAGGGCAGGCUACAGGCCGAGGACCCAGCCAUACCGCUCAUAUCCGCCAUCAAGACCGAGAUACAACGCAUCAAGGAGACCGCCACUAAACCAAGUACACUGCCAAAAUGA